AUGAGUUCCUUUCACAACACAGAAAGAGACGAUGAACCCGGUUCAUCAUCCAUGAAGCAAAUGGCACCAAACUUCCGCUCCCUCUCCACCUGCAACCGAAUCGACCGCACCCCUUCGUCGAGCCGCGCGGUUCAACGAUCAGCCUCUGCUAGAUUGGCUCGUAAAAACUCCUCACGCGAGGUCAUGCUAAAUGAUAUAGUCGGUAACGGAAUCUCCGGUAUCUUGUAUAAGUGGGUAAACUACGGCCGAGGGUGGAGGCCGAGGUGGUUUAUCCUUCAUGACGGUGUUUUAUCUUAUUACAAAAUCCAUGGUCCUGAUAAGCUUAUUCUUAACCGCGACGUCGAAAACCAAUCAAAAGUCAUCGGUGACGAGUCUAUCCGCCGUAUCGCCAGCAACCGCCAUUGUCCCUCCCGUCGUCAAAAUCCUGUCAGUGAAAUCCACCUAAUGGUGUGUUCGGUGCGAGAGAACAAGUCAGAUGAAAGGAGGUUUUGCAUAUGCACCGGGACGAAGAAGAGAAUACAUUUAAGAGCAGAGAGUAAAGAGGAUAGAACAAUGUGGAUGGAAGCAAUGAUGACAGUGAAAAACAUGUAUCCUCGGUUACCGCCCGCAACAGAAAUCAUGUCUCCUUCGGUUUCUGUUGUGAUUUCUACUGAUAAGUUGAGACAACGACUUUUGCAAGAAGGUGUUAAUGAAGUUUCUAUACGCGAAUGUGAAGAUAUCAUGAGAACGGAGUUGCUUCAAUUGCAUACAUACAUUGUUGCCCUUAAAAAGAAACAGCUAAUACUCACAGACACACUCCGAAAUUUAGAAACAGAGAAAGUUGAUUUGGAGAACACAUUAGUUGAUGAUCAAAGACAAACAAGAGAUGAAGCGGAUUCAUAUCUCUCGUCACAUGAACAUUAUAGUGAUGGAAGUGGAAGUGAAUAUUCUGAUGAGCAUGAUAGGGACGAUAACACAGAUGACGAGCACGACGCAUUCUUCGAUACAUACGAAAUUCUUUCAACGAGUUCAAUUAGAAGUAAUGGAUCAUCUGAUCAUUUGAGAUCCAACCAGGAAUCUGAAUAUGAAGAGACAUUUAGUUCAACAGAAAAAUGUGAUCCUAAAUCGCCUACUGGGUCAAACUAUCCUUAUAUCGAACGACGAAAGAAGUUACCUGAUCCCAUUGAGAAAGAAACUGGAGUUAGUUUAUGGUCAAUAAUAAAAGACAAUAUCGGAAAAGACCUUACAAAAGUUUGUCUUCCAGUUUAUUUUAAUGAGCCAAUCUCUUCAUUACAGAAAUGUUUUGAAGAUUUGGAGUAUUCUCACCUUCUAGAUCAAGCUUAUGAAUGUAGUAAAAUGGGUGACAAUCUAAUGAGGAUACUAUAUGUGGCUGCAUUUGCAGUUUCGGGGUAUGCAAACACUAAUGGUAGAAGUUGUAAACCAUUUAAUCCAUUAUUGGGUGAAACAUAUGAAGCUGAUUAUCCAGAUAAAGGCAUAAGAUUCAUCUCUGAGAAGGUGAGUCAUCAUCCUAUGGUUGUAGCAUGUCAUUGCGAGGGUCGAGGUUGGAAAUUUUGGGGUGAUAGCAAUCUAAAAAGUAAAUUUUGGGGUCGUUCGAUUCAGCUUGAUCCUAUCGGUUAUUUAACCGUGGAGUUUGAUGACGGAGAAGUCUUUUAUUGGAGCAAAGUAACAACAUCCAUUUAUAACCUAAUUUUAGGAAAACUUUAUUGUGAUCAUUACGGUACAAUGAACAUAGAGGGGAAUCGUGAGUAUUCGUGUAAGGUCAAAUUCAAAGAGCAAUCAAUCAUUGAUAGAAACCCUCACCAGGUUCAAGGCAUAGUUGAAGAUAAGAAUGGAAAAAUAGCAGCAACUAUAUUUGGGAAGUGGGAUGAGAGUUUGCAUUAUGUAAUUGGAGCAUAUUCUGGAAAAGGAAAAAGGUCCAAUGUGUCAUCGAAACCGCAAAUGUUGUGGAAGAGAAACCAAUUACCAGAGCAACAAACAAGAUACAAUUUUACAGAAUUUGCACUUACAUUAAAUGAAAUCAUACCUGGUUUAAAGGAGAAGUUGCCACCAACAGAUUCAAGGCUAAGACCUGAUCAAAGAUAUUUGGAGAAUGGAGAAUAUGAAAUGGCCAAUUCUGAGAAAAUGAGGUUGGAAAAAAGACAAAGACAGGCGAGAGAUAUGCAAGAGACUGGUUGGAAACCAAGGUGGUUUGCUAAGGAAAAUAAUAGUAAGAGUUAUAAAUAUGUUGGUGGAUAUUGGGAGACUAGAGAAAAGGGAAAAUGGGACAAUUAUGUUGAUAUUUUUGGCCAAAUCUGA